ACGAAGUGGGUCUACAUUCUCUCAGCUGAGAGUCUUUCUUUGUUUCUUGAUGUAUUGCUGGGUUCUUGCUGAUCCAGUAUGUGGGUACUUCCUGAAAAACUGCACAAUCCGGGUAAUCUCAGUGACCCCUCUAACAUGAAAGUACUCUGUGAAAAGAGGAACCUAGAAGUCAUACCUAUAAACAUUCCGCUGAAAGUAAGCGUUUUAGAUGUGGCCAUGAACAACAUUUCCAAAAUCAGAAAGUUUGAUUUUAAAGGCCUAUCAACCCUCAAAAUUCUAAACAUGUCCAGAAACCAGAUCUUUCAAGUGGACGAUGGCGCUCUUGGACACCUAGAGGCUCUUCAAGAGCUGAAUUUGGCUCAUAACAGACUCACAACCCUGUCAGACCAUUUGUUUCAGUGCCUGGCCAACCUCUCCCUGCUACGUCUGGACAACAACCUCAUCACAACCAUCGGGUCUUCAUCGUUUCAAGUUCUCUCCAGUUUGAAGACAGUGAAUUUAACCAAGAACAACCUUUAUAAUAUGAAGGAAAUUCAGCCCAUCAUACAAUUACCAAACUUACAGGAAUUGUACAUUGGGAGCAACAGAUUCACGUCUUUCCAGUCACAAGACAUAUCAAACACGUCAAUAGGGCUGAGGCUUUUGGAUUUAUCCCGGAAUCCAUUGGGAAUCUUCAGAGUCACGUCAGAUGUUCUUCCUUAUCUUGAGGUGUUAGACAUCGCCUACUGUGGCCAACUUGGACACAUGGAAUGGGAUGUGCUGGACAGGUCUUUUCUGAGAAAUAUCAAACGUCUCAACUUGAGCGGCAUUGAGAUGUCUUUCGAGAGGAUUGGUAUGGUGCUGCAGACUGUCAACUCCUCAUUAGUCCAUCUGAGACUGUAUGACAUUAGUGAAGAGAGGGUCAAGGCUCUCACUGAUAUUGCCUGCCAUAUACCUACACUCAUCGUUCUCCGACUGGAAUAUAACAACAUAGGUAAUCUCUCUGAGGAAUUUCUGCAGUCAUGUAAACACAUGACAGAAGUGGACAUAUCAAAUACUAAUCUUAUUCAGCUGUCUGAGGUUUCAUUCAGACCAAUAGAACAGAUAAGUACUUUGAGACUGGGCCACAACAGGCUUUCUUCCGUGCCAAAGGCCACAAGAAAUCUACCUACACUGAAGAGCUUGGACCUCAGCUUCAAUAUCAUCUAUAAACUAGGCUGCUCAGAUUUCUCCAAUCUUACAGGACUCACACAGCUCUUUCUUUUCCAUAAUCAAAUCUCCAACCUUCCAGGAUGUGUUUUCCAGGAUUUGAGAGAAUUAAGGAUCCUUAAACUGGGAUCAAACAAAAUUCUGACCUUGAAUGAUGCCUUCAUGACUGGUUUGCACAAACUUGAGACUUUGAAUUUGGCAGGCAAUAAACUAAGCUUUAUCAGAAAAGGAGAGUUUAAAGGCUUAGCAUCACUCAAGACUUUGCUUUUAUUUGACAAUCAGAUUGCAAGUAUGGAAGAUGGAGCCUUUGAGGGAUUGGUCAACCUUACAGAACUUAAACUGGGCUCAAAUAAGAUCCCUCAAAUAGACAUUCGAAAGACUGUGCUCUCAGGACUUCCACGCUUAAGAACUCUUGCUAUAUCCUGUAAUUACAUCACAUAUGUAAAUGAUGAUAAAUUAAACCCUCCACCAUUCUCUCAUCUGACAUCUCUGGAGAACCUGCAUAUCCAUAGUCAGCGUCACAAGGGACUGUCUCAUCUUCCAAUCAACUUUCUUGAAGGUCUGAAAUCUUUAUUGGCAUUCAAGGCAGGGAGUCUUAAUAUUAAGGACCUGCACCCAGACACAUUUAUUCACACACCCCGGCUGUGGUACCUUGAUAUCAGUAAGAAUGAGUUCACAGCCCUCACACCAAAGCUGUUUCACCCAACCCCAAGGCUCAACAGACUGUACCUGUCCAAAGCCCGACUUCAGUCCUUAGAUUUCCUCAUAGGAGCAAACCUCAGUAGAGUCACUUUCUUGCAGAUGAGCAAGAACGACAUAACAGUAGUCAAUGAGACAGUGUUGCGGUAUCUACCUGCCUUGACAUACCUGGACAUGCAAGAUAAUGCUUUCACCUGUGGCUGCAGCGAUGCUUGGUUUGUCCAGUGGAUGGAGAGCGACAACCAAACACAAGUUGUUGGCGCAGGAGAAUUUACCUGCAACUAUCCUGCCGAGCUAAAGGGUACCAAGCUGUUGGACAUUGAGCUUCAGUUCUGUACAGUACACUUAGGACUUUACUACUACAUCUCUACCACUUGUCUGGUCCUCCUAACCCUGAUAGCAUCCUUUGCCUACCACUUCCUGAAAUGGCAGGUCAUUUACGGCUAUUACCUCUUCCUUGCUUUCCUCUAUGACACCAAGCAAAGGAAUAAGUGCAUGCCUCAUGGCUGUCAGUACGAUGCCUUCAUCUCCUACAACGCCCACGAUGAACCCUGGGUCCUGAGGGAGCUGCUGCCAGAGCUGGAGGGAGAGCAGGACUGGAAGCUGUGUCUCCACCACCGGGACUUUCAGCCAGGCAAACCAAUCAUAGACAACAUUAUGGACGGCAUCUACGGAAGCCGCAAGACCAUCUGUGUGAUCAGCCGCCGCUACCUGGAGAGUGAGUGGUGCUCCCGGGAGAUCCAGGUGGCCAGCUUCCGGCUCUUUGAUGAGCAGAAGGACGUCCUGAUUCUGGUGUUCCUGGAGGAGAUCCCUCCCCACCAGCUGUCACCCUACCACCGGAUGAGGAAGCUGGUGAAGAGACGCACCUACCUGAGCUGGCCCAGAGCUGGGGAGCACACUGGGGUCUUCUGGCAGCAACUACGGCUGGCUUUAGAGACCAAGGACAGCCCUGCUGAGGAAAAUCCCAUCCUCUCUGGGGUGGAGGCUCUGUGAUUGUGACACCCUGAUUUGAAACAACCAUCACACUCUGAACCUUUUCUUUACAGCUACAUGAGAAUAUUAAAUAUGCACACUCAAACUUUUGUAUCAUUUCAGCCAGUAGUUUUGAAAGUGGUGCUCACGAGCCAAAAGUGGUCCCUGUUUUUUGUGUAUUACGCCAUGAAAAGUUUUUUUAACCUAUUCGUAUCAUAUGUUACGAUUCUAAUUCGUACUAUACAGUAUGUUACAAUUUUGCUGUGCUUAGCAUCCUGGAGUCCAUCUUUAAGAAAUCCUUACAGAUUUGACACACCCAUGCGUCUAUCUACCUAACAUUUAAAAAACAACAUCAAAGUCAGUUUAAGCUUGAGAUAUCCGUUUUUUUGCAUGGGCUGCUUCUCAAUCCAAUGCAUCCGACAACCUGGUCACAGAGCCUUUCGUAUUAUUCUUUAUGUAUAUCUGAGACACUAAAUUUAGUAUGAUAUGUUAAGUUUUGUAUGGUAUGUAUUAUUGUAUUAAUGCAAAACGUACAAUAUGUCACAGAUUUGCAAAACAUAAUAUAUGUUAUGAAAUUUAGCUAGGUGGCGAGGUGGUUAAUGUUAGCUAGCUUGCUAAUGUUAUCUAGCUCGCUAAUGUUAGCUAGGCUUGGGGAUAGAAUUAGAG